AUGCCUCCAAAACGUAAAUCGAAAAAGCCAUGCACAACCGGCCCACCAAAUUCAUUGCUUUUCCUCGAUAAUUCAAUGGACCCAUUCAUGUCCCAAUUGAGCCAAAUGUCAACAAUCACACCAAAUGAAAUCGCUCCACCACCAUUUGACAUUUUGCUAUCGAAUCACUUCUUCCGUCCGAUGUUUGAUGUGCUUUGUGAUCGAGAGAAUGAGAAUGCUCUUCAACCCCAGGAAUUCACACAUUUUGUUGAAGAGAUCGAUAAAGUCGAUAUGAUGCUGGAGACGAGAGCUGAUAUGAAAAAGGAUUGUGAAGCGAUGAAACAGAAAGUUUGCGAGGUGCUUGAAGUCCAGAAGUCGUUUAGGCCAAUAUCCGAUGAGGAUAAGCACAAAUCGAUGGACCUGGUGGAGAGACGAUUCCAGAAAGCUGAAUACCAAAUGAAGCAAGUCGUUUGCAAUCAAGCGCUCGUUCUCAGCAAUUCUUGUCUUGAUGCCAGAAGAAAACGGCGAAAUUUCUCAAAAGAGGCGACUGCUGUUCUCCAAGAAUUCUUCAACACACACGCCGAUCAUCCCUAUCCAACAGAUGAAGAAAAAGCGGAAUUGGCUAAGAAAUGCAAUAUCACAGUGCAACAGGUCUCGAAUUGGUUUGGCAAUCGAAGAAUUCGGCAAAAGAAACUCCCUCAAUUCAGACAAUAUGUAACAAUGCUUCCCGCUCAUCAAUAUUUAUCAGAUGUCCCCACUACAAGUUCAUUGCAUCCAUUGAGUGGAGGAAUUGAAAUUGAUUCACAUCUGAUGCCAACGACUCAUUUACCCUCUCUAAAUGAUCAGACUUAUCCAUCAUAUCUCUUCGACAACGUUUCCGAUCCAACGAAUAGUCAGCUCUCUGGUGUCUAUGGUUCUUCGAUGGCUAACUUGUACCAUCAA